GUUUGCAGGCCGAAUAAUUUUCUUGACCGCGUGCGCUUUCUUGCCAAGCGAUCCUGCGUUUUCUUUCUUCAAGCCCCGCGUUGCGGUAAGAGGGCUCCCGAUCCUUCCUUCUUUAGAUCUUUAUUUUUGGUUUUCCUCUCCUUCUCCGCCCAAAUCUGUUGAAUCCCGGAUCAAACCCCCGACCACACUCCCUCGCCUCCCUCUGUCUCGAAUCAUCCAGAUCCGAUCUAGGGUUGGGGUUAGGGUUUCACGUUGUUUGUUGGGAGGGGAGGGAAGGGAAGGGAAGGGGGAAGGUAAGAAGCAGCAUAAAAGAAAAGAAAAGGAAAGAAAUCGAAGGAUGGCGGAGCACCUGGCGUCGAUCUUCGGGACGGAGAAGGACCGGGUGAACUGCCCGUUCUACUUCAAGAUCGGGGCGUGCCGGCACGGGGAUCGUUGUUCCCGGCUGCACACCCGGCCCAGCAUCAGCCCCACCCUCCUCCUCUCCAACAUGUACCAGCGGCCCGACAUGCUCGCCCCUCCCGGCCCCCAGGCCCAGCAGCCCCCCAUGGAUCCCCGCAAGGUCCAGCACCACUUCGAGGAGUUCUACGAGGAUCUCUUCCAAGAGCUCUCCAAGUACGGCGACAUCGAGAGCCUCAACGUCUGCGACAAUCUCGCCGAUCACAUGGUUGGUAAUGUUUAUGUUCAGUUCAGAGAGGAAGAGCAUGCUGCUAGUGCCCUCCACAAUCUGACUGGAAGAUUCUAUGCAGGACGCCCAAUUAUCGUUGAUUUCUCUCCAGUUACUGAUUUUCGUGAGGCCACAUGUAGACAAUACGAAGAGAACACUUGCAACCGAGGUGGUUACUGCAAUUUCAUGCACUUAAAAAAGAUCAGCAGAGAGUUGAGGAGGCAGUUAUUUGGGAGGUACCGUCGAAGGCACAGCAGGAGCCGCAGCCCCUAUAGGCACAGGGGCCAUGAAGAUCACCCUCAUGGUGGCCGUGGCUAUGGAAGGCAUCAGGAUGACAGGGAUCGGUACCAUGGUGAGCGAGGUAGGAGGCCCAGGAGCCGAAGCCCAGGAUACAGGAGGGGUCGUAGUAGGAGCCCUGGUGGGAGAAGGAAUAGGAGCCCUGUUAGGGAAGGUAGUGCUGAAAGGAGAGCCAAAAUUGAGCAAUGGAAUAGGGAAAGGGAGCAGGCAGAAUCUGCUAACAAGAACAACCAAAGUAAUAGUCAUGAUGGCAAUAGAUUAGCUCAGAAUGGCGGUCCGUAUCCUGACCAGCCACAUCAGAAUCAAUGAUACAAUAACUUAUGCAUAAGGUUUGCAGGUGGUGUGCAGGUUCAAUGUCCUGUGCUGUGGGAUGUUUUUUUAAACCUAAAUAUGCUUUCUUCUGUUUUUGGUAUCUGCUGCCUGACUUUUGAGUGUGCAUGAAUUGUUUGCCUCACGAUCAAUCCUUGAUGCCCACAUGUGGUCAAGCACCCAGAACCAUGUCGUUCUUCAAGUUUGCUCCUAUCACUUGCACAUGUUUCAUCUGUCUCUUCUUUUUUUCUUCUUGUUGGCAUUUUGAUCUUUUUCCUUCCCAACUGCAUGGCAGGAAAAAUAUUACCAAAUUCAGUUUUUUUUUAUUUUUAAAAAAAAGAAAAAAGGGCUUCAGGAAAAUGAUGGACUACUUGCAAUUAUUGUGGAUUAGAACUUAAAUAUAUUUCUUGGCUUCGAACCAGUUUUUGCAGAAAGCCUACGUUAUUUUACAGAAUCUGAAUUUCUAAUGACUGCAAUUUGCAAUGAGUUUUGUGGAUAUAGUGGAGACUGCUGCUCAGGAUCCACAUUUGCAUCUUUGGUUGCUUUGUGUGUGCUUGUAUGCUUGCUUUCUUUUACAGGGUGCUUAAGUUUCACUCAAAAUACAAGGGUAGAUGGCGAACCUUUUCCUUUUACCUCGGGUUGUUUUUUCCUGUCAUGCCUAAAGCAUAUGCUUAACAUUUUUCUAUGAGUUUUGCAGGUCCAGGUAUCCCUGUGUCUGUGUCAGCCUCAUUUUCAUGCAGCUUACAUGAAAUUUUUGCAGGUCCAUUGCGCGCUUGCCUAAAUGAACUUACAGGACUUGUAGCCAAUUCAAAAGCCUUCUUAUCAGCCAAAAACAGACUUUGCAGGUAAGGCCAUCUUUUCAUCAGGACACCUAGUUGCAGGUUCUGCUUUCAUGGCGAGCAGAAUUGGUUAUAUUUGACAGUUUUUUAGGGCUCUUGGGCAUAUGUGCUCAUACAUUCCUGAACAAUGAUCUCUCUGUUUUUUGAGAACCUUCUUAUGUUUAAUUGACUCUGGAUAUAUCUGGUUGUUUUGCUUUGAAGUGUGUGGCUUUUAGGUGCAGCUCUGCCAUUGUUAAUUGUUUGCCAUGAGCUGUUUUUUUUUCUCUGGCUAUGACUUUUCUCCUAAAUGCAAUUCCCUCCUUUGUGAUC